CCUCGCGAUCCAGAUCAAAAUGGCGAACCGAACAGUGAAAGAUGCUCACUCAAUUAAGGGGACAAAUCCCCAAUAUUUGAUUGAGAAAAUAACUCGAACGCGUAUAUACGAAUGCAGAUAUUGGAAAGAAGAAUGUUUCGCCUUGACCGCGGAGUUACUGGUAGACAAAGCAAUGGGCUUGAAGUACAUUGGUGGGGUGUAUGGAGGAAACAUCAAGCCUGCACCAUUCCUCUGCCUUCUACUGAAGAUGCUGCAAAUCCAACCAGAGAAAGACAUAAUCGUAGAAUUCAUCAGAAAUGAAGACUUUAAGUAUGUCCGAGCCCUCGGUUCCCUGUACAUGCGACUGACAGGCACAUCUAUUGACUGCUACAAGUAUCUGGAGCCACUCUACCUGGACUACAGAAAACUCAAGAGGCAGAAGAAUGAUGGAUCAUUUGAGCUGUUACACAUGGAUGAGUUUAUUGAUGAGCUUAUCAGAGAAGAAAGAGUCUGCGACAUCAUCCUUCCUCGCAUACAGAAACGUAAUGUGUUGGAGGAAAGUAACCUAUUAGAUACUCGUGUCAGCGCCCUGGACGAAGAUCUUGAUGAAAUGGAGACCGAUGAGGAGGAAGACAUUAUGGAUAUUUACAAGGCAGCGAGCUCAGAGAAGCGUAAGAUAAACCGAGAAUUGGACCGACCGGCUCGAAGCCCGUCCCCCACUAGAGGACGGAGGUCCCCCUCUCCUCACCACAGAGAUAGAGACAGGGGCAGAAAAAGAUCAAGGUCCAGGGAAAGAACAGAUAAAGACCGAAAAUCAGAUAAAAAGCAUAAAGAAGAUGAUAAAAAACACAAAGAUGAUGACAGAAAACACAAGAGCAGCAAAUCCAGUAAAGAUCAUCGAAGCGACCGGGAUAAAGAUCGUGAUCGUGGGCGUGAGGACGAUCGUCACAAAGAUCGACAUCGCCAUAGAGACCACGGGGGUCGUCCUGACAAGAAGAUGUCGAAAGACGAACAGGAAAUACAAGAAGCCAAUGAACUGCGAGCUAAACUUGGCAUGGCCCCUUUGAGGCCAUAGGAAAGGGCCAUAGUGUUAUUCAUGUUUUUUAAUCUGAAAAGACAAUGUAUCUUUAGUAGUCAAAUUAAGCACAAGCUCUGAAUUGGUUAAAUGCGUCUUGUGAGUUUGCUAAAAUAUGAACUUGAUAUAGCCUUAAAAUAUGAAUUUGAAAUAGCCGGUCUUGUUACAAUAUCUUCAGACAGGUAGUUAUGUUAGAAUUGAGGCUUGUUAAUUUCAAAAGCCUGAUUUAAAUGGCUGUAUUGUGAUUAAAACUUAAAAUGUAUUGAUGAAUAAAAUAACCCUCUAUAAUAUCUGACAAUGUUUAUAAUCUAAUGGGUUUUUUUCACACUGUUGUCAUAUGUUGAAACGUCUUGGAUGUUAUUUCAUUGAUGACUGAAACAUCUUAUACCAUUUUUAAUAUUCCGUUAGGCAGAUAUUUGAAAUUGGGAUUUGUUUUGAACAUAUGAUACAAUGCCCGCAUGAUGUGUAUAAUUUUUCAGACAAUAAAUACUAAAUGGU